AUGCCAAAUUUGCCGGAUUUCAUUUUCAAACAAAUUGAAGGAACAAGUUUUAAGUUAGUAAGCUUAUUUCGAACAAAAGUGUAUAUUUAGAAUUUUCCAAAAACAGGAACAAGUUUUUUUAGUGUUGAAAAUCACAUGUUUUUCCUAUCCACUUUUUACAGAGUCCAUCUCGCACAAUGUUCUUCUUCCAAGACAUUUUACGAUUCAUAUCAAGUGUUCCUAAAUUCCACGGAAAUGCUUGAUGGGUAUGAGAUGUACAAAAAAGAAGUUGAAACAUACAUUAAAAGUGUUAUCAAAUUGAGUCCACACAUUAAUUGGGAAAUAAAAAAUAACAGGACGAAAAGUUUCAGAAAAGUUAUUGGAAGAUUACUGGAAAGUCCACGGUAUAAAUGUAUGCCACAAGUGAAUCCAGAUUUUUAUUCCUUUAUCGUGGACCUUGAUACACAUUUGGGAACAAAUCUUGACUCCAAUGAUUUGAAACUUCUGGAGAAAAGAAUUGUAGAACUCGCAAUAAGUUAUAUUAGGAACAUUAUUAUCAACAUGCAAGUAAACUUCGACCGGAUAAAUGAAAGGCUAACAGAUUCCGAUUUCGACUGCGAAUAUUUGCAAAUAUCCGAAUACCAAAAUCUCAAUUCUCAAAUUUGUGAUCGUUUUUCGAAUUACAAAUCAUUCAUUAGUCCAUUUGCAUAUUGUCUUAUGAUUAUUUGCUGUGUUUCAAUUUUUGCGGCUCAUUUUGCUAAUUCAAAAAUCUUGGAAAAAGAGGAGAAACAUCGACAAAUUGAGAUUGCGGAGAAGAAAAAGGUGAGUCCGAGAGAAAUACACGAAAAUGCAACGGCAUUGCGGAGUAUCGUUGUUUUACUUUUAUUCUUAUAGCUAGAGCAAGGGAAGAAAGGCGGCGAGGAAGAUAAGUGA